AUGGCGGAGGCACCGAAACCGGCAGCGACAGAGGAACCGGCAGCGCUAGCGACAGCGUCGAAAGAACCGGCAGCGGACACGGAAACAGCGACGCCAGCAGCGCGGCCACCAGCCGAGGCUAUACGGAGGAGCCAUAUGGAACAGCAGCACAGCCGGCGAGCAGCAGCAGAGGCGCGACGCGAGGAGGAGGCCCGAAGGAAGGCAGCAGAGAAGGCGCAAAGGGAGGCGGCGCUGAACAAGGUCAUAAUGCGGGAGGCACGGGACGCCCUGCAGCGGCAGAUGGAGGCUGCGCGGCGUGAAGCCGAAGCCCACGAGGGGAACGAGGAGGAGGAUCCGUCUCCGGUGGUGAAGACGGGCCUGGAGGCACCGAAACCGGCAGCGACAGAGGAACCGGCAGCGCUAGCGACAGCGUCGAAAGAACCGGCAGCGGACACGGAAACAGCGACGCCAGCAGCGCGGCCACCAGCCGAGGCUAUACGGAGGAGCCAUAUGGAACAGCAGCACAGCCGGCGAGCAGCAGCAGAGGCGCGACGCGAGGAGGAGGCCCGAAGGAAGGCAGCAGAGAAGGCGCAAAGGGAGGCGGCGCUGAACAAGGUCAUAAUGCGGGAGGCACGGGACGCCCUGCAGCGGCAGAUGGAGGCUGCGCGGCCAGCGGAGGCACCGGUUGCGACGGCGGCCGGGAAGCCGGCGGCAGCGACGGAGACGCCGACAGAGGCACCGACGCCGGCAGCGGCAGCGACAGAGGAACCGGCAGCGCCAGCGGCAGCGUCGAAAGAACCGGCAGCGGACACGGAAACAGCGACGCCAGCAGCGCGGCCACCAGCCGCGGCCAUACGGAGGACCCAUAUGGAACAGCAGCACAGCCGGCGAGCAGCAGCAGAGGCGCGACGCGAGGAGGAGGCCCGAAGGAAGGCAGCAGAGAAGGCGCAAAGGGAGGCGGCGCUGAACAAGGAGGCACCGAAACCGGCAGCGACAGAGGAACCGGCAGCGCUAGCGACAGCGUCGAAAGAACCGGCAGCGGACACGGAAACAGCGACGCCAGCAGCGCGGCCACCAGCCGAGGCUAUACGGAGGAGCCAUAUGGAACAGCAGCACAGCCGGCGAGCAGCAGCAGAGGCGCGACGCGAGGAGGAGGCCCGAAGGAAGGCAGCAGAGAAGGCGCAAAGGGAGGCGGCGCUGAACAAGGUCAUAAUGCGGGAGGCACGGGACGCCCUGCAGCGGCAGAUGGAGGCUGCGCGGCGUGAAGCCGAAGCCCACGAGGGGAACGAGGAGGAGGAUCCCAGCACAGCCGACGAGCAGCAGCAGAGGCGCGACGCGAGGAGGGAGGCCCGAAGGAAGGCAGCAGAGAAGGCGCAAAGGGAGGCGGCGCUGAACAAGGUCAUAAUGCGGGAGGCAAGGGACGCCCUGCAGCGGCAGAUGGAGGCUGCGCGGCGUGAAGCCGAAGCCCACGAGGGGAACGAGAGAGGAGGAUCCGUUCCUCCGAG